AUGUCGGCGAGGCGAGCAAGCCGCGAAAGACAAGCGCUGAACCCCGCACCGAACCAAAACAAUGAGGGCAAUGCAUCUGGACAACCACGAAUUACUCCUCGGAACUCUGAUGUCGACGAGGUAAUCGCAGCAGCAGCUGCCAAAGAAACUCCAUGGAGGACUUUACAUCAACUUGCGAACAUCCCGAAACCUAUAACUCCCAUGCGCCGAGCAUCAAGUGCAGGCCCUCCUUCAACACAUCGGUCAGCAAGACGAACUCCCGCGGGGCAAGCUAGGACACCAGGUGCUGCGAAUCGAUUGAAUGGGUCGGCGAGAAGGGCAGUUGCUGUAACUCCCCAUGGAAGAGCUGCACAGCGAGAGUUGGAUCUUCGAAGAGGCCUUACACCCGGGAAAGAUAGGAGGAAAAGCGGUCUCCAACAAAGAGAAACACCGCGAGAUAUCUUACGGCAAUUGAGUAGAGUACUGGCGCCGAAGACUCAGCCUACUGCGCCCACACCGCAAGGCCAGAAUGUUGCUACUUCUAGAAGACCUGGGGCGGAUGAGGAUGAAUUGGAGGAUGGAAGAGCUCUCGUCAGACCGAGAUUCUCUCUCCCGAUGGGAGAUUAUGACGAGGAAGACGAGGAUGACAGUCUGUUAUUGCCACCACGCUCUGCUGGUUUGGAAGAUGAGAACUUCACUGUGCAGUCAGUUGAGUUACCAAGAAGAGCAAUAAGCGAGCAGCCACCAGGCCGGCUAUCCAGAGGAAGUUUUGGCAGCGUACGGAUGAGUGAUGUGUUUGCAGAUCUGAAUGAUGUGGGAAUUAAUGGAGGGGAUGUUUACGAUUCUAGCUAUUUGGCAGAACGUACAUUUGGAGACUUGGAUUUCCCGGUAGGAGAAGAUCCUGGAUUAGAAGGUGACAACACCGAGACUUUGAGACGGAUUGAACUAGGAGAUGGACGCCUGUCAUUGGCAUCUCGUCGAGAAAGUGACAUAAGACCAGCAGCGAUACCAGCGGAUGAUACAGAGACUACUUUCGUCUUCAAUGUACCGCCAAGAGAAGUCUCCGAAGAGCCAAUAUUCGAUGACGGCCAGAACGAUGGCCCAGAAGAGGAAGAGCUCGAAGAGGAUCAUGAGAGCGAAGUUGACUUAGAACAGAUGAGCGGGCUGGAUGCCGAGGAUCAAGAAGAGAGCAUGCUGGAGGUGCAAGGAGAUAUCAGCAUGGUCGACACUACGAUGCAAGACGCAGAAAGUUCCGGUAUUGCGCAGGCCAAAGUGGUAAAGAAGAAAAAGGUCAAGUUAUCGAAGCAUGGCAUACCAUACCCUUCACUUCCAGCGGGAGUAGUGAAGAAGCUAGCAACAACAUUUGCCCGGACUUCUGGAAACAGCAAGGCGAAGAUCAAUAAGGAGACUUUAGAUGCUAUUAUGCAAGCCUCGGAUUGGUUCUUUGAACAGGUCAGUGAUGACUUGGGGGCAUAUGCAAAGCAUGCGGGUAGGAAAACCAUCGACGAGAGUGACAUUCUCGCAAUCAUGGCUCGACAACGCCAAACAAAUGCAACCACAACUCCAUUUUCACUUGCCCAGAAAAAUCUCCCUAGAGAGCUUUUACAAGAAUUGCGAAUGGUGCCACCUUCGAAACUGAAGAAGGGGCGACAACUAGAUAAGGUAGACGAGGAAGAGGAAUGA